GAGUUGGGCGCCAGGGCCGCCGUGGUGGAGAGCCACAAGCUGGGUGGCACUUGCGUGAAUGUUGGAUGUGUACCCAAAAAGGUAAUGUGGAACACAGCUGUCCACUCCGAAUUCAUGCACGAUCAUGCUGAUUAUGGCUUUCCAAGUUGUGAGGGUAAAUUCAAUUGGCGGUAAGUGUCAACACUAAGAGGUCUCUAUCUGUCGCCAGGCUGGAGUACAGUGGUGCAAUCAUAGCUCACUGCAUCCCAUAUAGAAAUCAUCCGUGGCCAUGCAGCAUUCACGAGUGAUCCCAAGCCCACGAUAGAGGUCAGUGGGAAGAAGUACACCGCGCCUCACAUCCUGAUUGCCACAGGUGGUGUGCCCUCCAUCCCUCAUGAGAGCCAGAUCCCGGGUGCCAGCUUAGGAAUAACCAGCGAUGGAUUUUUUCAACUGGAAGAAUUGCCUAGCCGCAGCGUCAUUGUUGGUGCAGGUUACAUUGCUGUGGAGAUAGCAGGGAUCCUCUCAGCCCUGGGUUCUAAGACAUCACUCAUGAUACGGCAUGAUAAGGUACUUAGAAGCUUUGAUUCAAUGAUCAGCACCAACUGCACGGAGGAGCUGGAGAACGCUGGCGUGGAGGUGCUGAAGUUCUCCCAGGUCAAGGAGGUUAAAAAGACUUCAUCAGGCUUGGAAGUCAGCAUGGUUACUGCAGUUCCAGGUAGCCUACCCGUCAUGACCACGAUUCCAGAUGUUGACUGCCUGCUCUGGGCCAUUGGGCGGGACCCCAAUUCCAAGGGUCUGAAUUUAGACAAACUGGGAAUUCAAACCGAUGACAAGGGUCAUAUCAUAGUAGAUGAAUUCCAGAAUACCAACGUAAAAGGCAUCUAUGCAGUGGGGGAUGUAUGUGGAAAAGCUCUUCUUACUCCAGUUGCAAUAGCUGCUGGCCGAAAACUUGCCCAUAGACUUUUUGAACAUAAGGAAGAUUCCAAAUUGGAUUAUAACAACAUCCCAACUGUGGUCUUCAGCCACCCCCCUAUUGGGACAGUGGGACUCACAGAAGAUGAGGCCAUUCAUAAAUAUGGAGAAGAAAAUGUGAAGAUCUAUUCAACCAGCUUUACCCCGAUGUAUCACGCAGUUACCAAAAGGAAAACAAAAUGUGUGAUGAAAAUGGUCUGUGCUAACAAGGAAGAAAAGGUGGUUGGGAUCCAUAUGCAGGGACUUGGAUGUGAUGAAAUGCUGCAAGGUUUUGCCGUUGCAGUGAAGAUGGGAGCAACGAAGGCGGACUUUGACAACACAGUCGCCAUUCACCCUACCUCUUCAGAAGAGCUAGUCACACUUCGUUGAGAACCCUGAGACGCGUGUGGCUGGCAGCGGGACCCGUAGAUCUUCUGAAAUGAAACAAAUAAUCACAUUGACUUAC